AUGUCGAUCGCAUACCGGAUAGCAGCUCUCCCAAGGACAGGACACACCGGACUGAUCGCUCGAGUCUCACAGUCAAGUCAUGCUCAUGUCACCCACACUCGAUCACUCAUUCAACCUCCUACAUUCAGAUCCUCCGUCCGCAAUGGGAUCCAGCUUCCUAGAGCAACUUCGACAUUCACCCUCAGAGCUCUGUCUUCUUACGCCCACUCGUACUCGCCGUCGUCUCGCACCUUUUCCACAACAACUAAUCGUUACAACAGCACACCAGUGGCAGCAGGAGAGGCACAACAGCAAGAGGAAGAGCCGAUCCAGGGCUCAGCACCAGCCUACAAGCGCCACCUCGUGAUCUGUACGGGCGUCGAGUCCAUGAACUGGAUCAAGAAACCCGAGCUCGCAGAUAUUUACCACAACCUCCUCAUGACCGCUGUCCGUGGCCAGGAAGUCAAGGUCAAUUGGGUCGAGGAUGGGUCCGAACCCCCACAAGAUAAUGCGCUCCCCACAAAGGGUCCUCGACACGAUCUGAUCCUCUUCCCCGACAAUGUGAAGUUCCUCAAUGUCCGCACAGAGGCGUUCCAGGAUCUCACUCGGUACCUGGAGCAACACCCUAUCGGCACCCUUCGCCCCGCAUUGGAGAAACAGAUUCAGGAAGCUAACAGUGACGACGACAAAUGGACGACAGAGUUAGUCCCCGGAAGCGGCGAGCCUGUGACGAUCCAAUUGGUCAAGGAGCCCAGUGCGGUCAUGGUCUGCAUUCAUGGAUCGCGUGAUUGCAAGUGUGGUGAGCGUGGAGGAGACAUGUUCAAGAUCCUGAAGGAUAUGGUCGAGAUGACUGGGUUGACCAAUUCUGUCAAGAUCUAUGGAAUCAGUCAUAUUGGAGGACACAAGUUCGCUCCCAACACCAUCAUGUACCCCUCGGGAGAUUGGCACGGCAACCUCUCGGAACUGGACUCGAACGAUGCUCAGCAGAUCUUGUUUGAUGCACUUGCGAAUGGUGGGAUUGCGGGAGGUGUCAGAGAGAGAGCGGCGGAUCCCGUUAUGAUUGAUAAGUGGAGAGGGCGGAUCGGAAUGAACAAACAGGAGCAACUGAAGUUGUACGAGGAGGUUCUGGAGAAGCAAAAGUCAAGGAUGGUUUGGCCUUCACCAAAGAACCAGCAGCAAGAUGAGCAGCCACGUGGAUUGUUCUCUGCCCCUGGCGAGGAGCUCUACGAAGAUGACGGGCUGAAGGAGCAGGUCAAUGCUGUCUCGGUCGAGUCCAACAAGCCCUCCACCCCAAAGACUGGCAGUAGUGGGGUUACUGAGGAGCCCCAGAGGGUCAAGAUCAUUUUUGAGACGUUCCAAAAGGUCAGGACAGAGAUUGAUGCCAAGGUCGGCGAACGCAUUCUGGAUAUUGUCAAGGACAAGGAUCCCAGUCGCCAGGGCGUCUACCAAGCACUGGAGUGUACCUGCGGUGGCCAGCUGGAAUGUGCCACCUGCCAUGUAUACAUUGAGCCUCCAUUCAACGCACGGUUGACCGCUGUCACAGAUGGGGAGGAGGAUAUGUUAGAGUAUGCCGUUGGACGCAAGGAUGAUAUCUCUCGACUCGGUUGCCAGAUCAAGAUUCAGCCAGAACUAGAGGGCAUGGUCGUCAAACUUCCUCAGUACUAA